UACACACACCAAUUUCUCUUCAACAUUCCACUCCGAAUAUUCUUCUCUUCUUCUUCCUUCCGCCAUCACCUCUUCAUUCCUUCCUACCAUCCCAAACACACACUAACAUACAAAAUGAGGCUCUUGUCCACAAUAGCAACGUGCAAUAGUCACGGCCAAGACUCUUCAUACUUUUUAGGAUGGCAGGAAUACGAGAAAAACCCUUACGAUGAACUCCAUAACCCCAAAGGAAUUAUCCAGAUGGGUUUAGCGGAGAAUCAGCUCUCUUUCGACCUCCUAGAGUCAUGGCUGGCUAAGAACCCUGACGUCGCCGGCUUCAAACGAGACGGCAAAUCCAUAUUUAGAGAACUGGCUCUUUUCCAGGACUACCACGGCCUCCCUUCCUUCAAAAAGGCAUUGGUAGAUUUCAUGUCUGAAAUCAGAGGAAACAAAGUCACUUUCGACCCCAACCACAUCGUUCUCACUGCCGGUUCCACUUCCGCAAACGAAACCUUAAUGUUCUGUCUCGCCGAACAAGGAGACGCAUUCCUCCUUCCGACUCCUUAUUACCCAGGAUUUGACAGAGACCUCAAGUGGAGAACCGGUGCUGAGAUUGUUCCAAUACAAUGCACAAGUUCUAACAACUUCCAAAUUACGGAGCCAGCUCUGAAACAGGCUUACGAGGAGGCCCGCAAGCGCAACCUCAGAGUCAAAGGCGUUCUGGUGACAAACCCGUCAAACCCGCUAGGCACCACCAUGUCUCGGAGUGAAUUGAACCUUCUCGUCGACUUCAUCAAAGAGAAAAAAGACACGCAUUUGAUAAGCGACGAGAUAUACUCCGGGACGGUUUUUAGCUCUCCAGGUUUCGUCAGUGUCAUGGAAAUCCUCAAGGAGCGAAACGAUACUGAGGAAAUCUGGAACAGAGUUCACGUUGUCUACAGUCUAUCCAAAGACUUGGGUUUGCCGGGUUUCCGCGUCGGCGCUAUCUACUCGGAAAACGACACCGUGGUUGCCGCCGCAACGAAGAUGUCGAGCUUUGGGUUGGUCUCUUCGCAGACGCAGUACCUCCUCUCUGCCAUGCUGGGCGACAAGAAGUUCGCCCGAAACUACAUCGUUGAGAACCAGAAGAGGCUUAAGCGACGACAGAGAAUGAUGGUUUCGGGGUUACAAAAAGCUGGUAUUUCUUGCCUGGAGAGCAAUGCCGGGUUGUUUUGCUGGGUUGACAUGAGACACCUUUUGCAUUCGAACACGUUCGAAGCUGAGAUGGAGCUGUGGAAGAAAAUAGUGUACCAAGUUGGGUUAAACAUUUCCCCUGGGUCGUCGUGCCAUUGCACCGAGCCAGGGUGGUUCCGUGUGUGUUUCGCUAACAUGUCCGAGGAGACUCUCACCUUGGCCAUGAAACGCUUGAAGAACUUCGUCGUUGAGUCCACCUGCACUCAGAGAAGUGCUCUGUUCAACGGAACCUCCAAAAGAAAGUCUCUCACCAAGUGGGUUUUCCGGUUAUCGUCUCGCGACCAUCGUGAACAGGAAGAACGGUAGCCUGGUCUUAGUCUAUGCGUGUUCGCUCAUGCAUAAAUUCAUUUCAAUUUCUUUUUCUUUUCCCUUUUCUGCCUCCCCAAUAUUUUUGGUGGAGUAGUUCAAAAAAUUCCCUUUAUUUUUCUUCAUUUUUUUUUUUGUGAUAAAAUUAAUGUAGAGAGAGAGAAACAAAAACAAAGCACUCGGUCCAUGUGGAUGUGUAGUGGUUGGGCUUCUAGUCAGCCUUGUUUGUAUAAGUUGUUCCAUAUCUCAGUCAUUAAUUCCCUACAAAAUCUCCUUAUAUCAUUAAUGAAAUGUUUAUUGAUACUA